GCGCCCAUCCAACCUUUGCCUUCCAGUAGUCUUCACUGACUGGGCGGCGAGGGUUGGGAGGAGCCAAUCAAAAUUCAGGACUCACAGGGCUUUGAAGAGGGGUGGACUGUAGCACUACUACUGGUACCUCACCUAGUCUCACUGCGGCAGCCUGAGAACUGGGCUGCGGAGAGCGGACCCACCAGAACGUCGGAUCGUGGUGGGUGAGCAGAGGUGAUCCCCGAGUACUCCUGGGGAGGUGGCCCCGAGAGCAGGCCGGCUCGCAGCUCGUCUGGGACGGAAUGUCAAGUGGAGAUGAUCAGCAAUUACAGGCUCUUGCCAAACCCACUUUUACUGAAGUACAAGCCUCUGCAGUAGUUGAAUCAGUAUUUGGGUUAAAAGUUUCUAAGAUCCAGCCACUUCCUAGCUAUGAUGACCAAAACUUUCACGUUCACAUUUCAAAAACUAAAGACACUACAGAUGGCCCAAUUGAAUAUGUUCUCAAAAUAAGCAACACAGAAUCCAGCAAAAAUCCAGACCUGAUUGAAGUGCAGAAUCACAUCAUCAUGUUUCUGAAAGCAGCUGGAUUUCCAACGGCCUCUGUGUGUCGCACUAAAGGAGACAACACAACCUCUCUUAUGUCCAUAGAUAGUGGCACUGAAAUCAAAAGCUACUUGGUAAGGCUGCUGACUUACCUCCCAGGAAAACCUAUAGCUAAGAUUCCUGUCAGUACCCAGCUGUUAUAUGAAAUUGGAACACUAGCUGCCAAGUUGGACAAGGCUCUGGAGAAAUUCCAUCACCCAAAGUUAAGUAGUCUUCAUCGGGAGAACUUCAUCUGGAAUCUGAAAAACAUUCCUCUUCUGGAGAAAUAUGUGAAUGCCUUGGGCCGGAAUCGAAAUCGGGAGAUUGUUGAGCAGGUCAUUCAGCUGUUCAAGGAGGAAAUAAUGACCAAAUUAAGUCAUUUUCGAGAAUGUAUCAAUCAUGGCGAUCUUAACGACCAUAAUAUUUUAGUAGAGUCCAGCAAGUCAGCCUUUGGAGACGCUGUAUAUCAAGUGUCUGGGAUUUUAGACUUUGGUGACAUGAGCUAUGGCUACUAUGUGUUUGAAGUGGCAAUCACCAUCAUGUACAUGAUGAUUGAAAGCAACAAUCCUAUACAAGUAGGAGGUCACAUUCUUGCAGGGUUUGAAAGUAUAAUCCCACUAACAGCUGUAGAGAGGAGUGCUUUGUUUCUACUUGUAUGCAGUCGCUUUUGUCAAUCACUUGUCAUGGCUGCAUACUCUUGCCAGCUACACCCAGAGAACAAAGAGUAUCUCAUGAUUACUGCAAAAACUGGGUGGAAGCACUUACAGCAAAUGUUUGACAUGGGCCAGAAAGCAGUAGAAGAAAUCUGGUUUGAAACUGCCAAAUCCUAUGAAUCCGGGAUCUCUUUGUGACUACAUAGUUAAAAAUGAAUUGAUCCAUCCUAUCAAUUCAUUAACAGAUCAAUUCAUUUUUAACUCUGUGCCUUUGUACUAUGUGUGUGAGAGAGAGAGAGAGAGAGAGAGAGAGAGAGAGAAAGAGAGAUAGAUAGAUA